AUGAAGAUUAUCAAUUCAAUUCUUUUAUUGAUUGCCUUGUUAGGCUUUGUAUCAGCUCAAACUACCAUUCAACUUGCUUCAUGUGCUUUGAAACCACUCGCCGGUUCAACCGUCUCUGGUUAUGUUCGCAUUAUUUCAACUGAAACAGAGGGAACUUUUAUUGUAGUUGUAAAUGCUACUGGACUUACUGGAAAGCAUGGUAUUUCAGUUCAACAAUUUGCAGACAUUUCAAGUGCAACAUCAACAGGAGGUAUUUUUUCAACUGGAACAGGAAAGUCUUAUGGAUGUCCACCAACAGCAUCAAUUUUUGAUGGUGCCCUUGGUAAUAUUGAUGCCACUGAUGCAUCUGGAAACUAUUCAACUACCAUUGCUGGUGGUCAAUUUGUUUUGACUGGUAACAACUCUCUUAUUGGUCAUAGCUUUGCCAUCCAUAAUGCCGAAGAUACUUGCACUGAGGGUUCAUCUGGAGCUAUUGUAUCACAAUGUGUUUUGGGUAUCGGUAACCCAUCGACUGCCGGUUACAACGCAUCACUCGUCACCAAUGUUGCCAACUCACUCUUGACUGGAUUGACUGGUGUUUGCCAACUCUCUGCCAUUGGUACCAACAAUGUCAGCGGAUCCGUCUUUUUCCAACAACAAACCGAUGGUUCUAUCCGUAUCACCUCCAAGAUUGAAGGUCUCAACGCCACCAUUGCUCACGGUCUCCAUAUCCACACCUAUGGUGAUAUUAACCCAACCGUUGCCUCUCAAACCGGUGGUCACUGGAAGCUCACCACCCAAACUCACAACCUCCCCAACGACGCCUCUCGUGAAUUGGGUGAUUUGGGUAACAUUUGUGCCUACGACGCCUCUGGCAACGCCUAUUACAACUGGACUACCAACUAUUUUGGUAACUUUGGUGAAAUCAACUCAACCAGCACUGCUGCCCCAUCCUCGUUUGUAGGUCACUCUGUCGUUGUCCACGCCCUCCGUGAUAAUGGUACUGCCAACUCUUUUGGUGAUAGAAUCGGUCAAUGUGUCAUUGGUUACGUACCAAACACCAAGCAACCAACCGACUAUUUCGCUACCCCUGCCAACAUCAACUUUGAAACUACCCCACAAUGCGCUUCCAUCACUUUCCCAGUUGAUUCUGCUGCCUCAUCAAUCAUCUUACCAACUUUUGCUAUCAUCUUUAUUUUACUAAAAAUAUCAAAUAGAGACCAAAUACCCGACCCGAUCAACGGGAAAUUGAAUAAUGUCUUUGCAUGA